AUGCAAGCCGCAGUCUGCCUGCCUCCGACGACACCGACUCGUUCUGCAUACUCCUCGCCGACGAACUACUCCCACCCACCGCUGCGUUCAUCACCCCUAGCCAGCCCUGCGUCCUCGCCCGCCGCCCGGGCUGAGGCGCGUCGCCGCUCCCACUACAAGGCCAACCCAUUCAGCACUCCAGCGAGUCAUCGCUCCCGUGACACGCACGCGCAAGAAUCGCGUCGUCGCUCAUCGUACACCCCGAGUAUCUUCGUGCAGGGCAGCUCGACCCAAGGCGCCAGCUCAAGUGCGCCGACAGAGGAGCCUCCCCGGAAGACGUUCCUCCGCGAACGGCUCAAGGCGAGGUGUCUGGAGCGUGCUGCGCAGAAGCGCGAACGCGCACUUGCGCGGGGCAGUCGGCACCUUAGCAGCGACCGGAGCAGCGACGGCAUAGACGAGAUGAUGGAGGACGACGAAGAGGAGGAGGUCAUGCUCAACGACGAGUUAUUUCGGCGGAUUGUAGACAGCGCGAAACGCAAGGAGCGCCAUGCCUAUCGCCUGUCUUACGCGUAUGAUGUCGGCUCGUCCUUUGAUCCGGAUAUGGAGGACCCUCAGUCCUGGGAGACCGAGCUCAAUGGGUCCAAGCCGUACUCCACGGAGCCAGACGACCUCCUCGAGGAAGAACUCGAAGCAUAUGCCGCUGAGGCGGAGUUGAACCUGGACGACCUCCAGGUCGAGGACAUCUGGAGUCUCAGCGACUACGAGGAUUUCGGCCCGACGACCCAGGACGACAUGGAUACGGAUUGA